CGCCAACGACGUCAUCAGUGCGAUUUAGUAUUUAGUAGUUGUGUUUGGAUUUGGAUUAUUUGCUAAUCGACCAGCGUAUAAACACACAAAUUAAUUUACGCUGUUCCAAAUAAACAUAAAUAAGAGGAACGGCUGCGGAUCCGGAAACGGGGGCUGUCUCUAAAGACUGCUUGUGCUUUUUUUGUGUUUUUGUUGCGCCCCCUAUAAGGUUUCAUUUCGAAUUGAGGGAGCCAGGGAGAACUAUGCAAUGUCUCCUCUACCUCUCGUUAUUCUUAUCCUGUUGCCCGCUCGUAUGCUAUCCUUCAGCCAGCAGGCUGAAACUCGCUAUCCCUGUGCCUUCAUCGACACUGUGGAUAGCCUGAACUCCACAAAGGGCGUCUUUGUGUACAAGGGUAUGACAAUACCGAAUGACUUGGUGGCCUCCUACGACUUUGUCAUCGAAAAUGGAGUGCGGGUGCCAGCGGAGCGCCACCUCCGCGCCUGCGUCUGCAAACUGAAGCCGUGUGUGCGUUUCUGCUGUCCUCCUGGUCAGAUGUACGACCUGCAGAGCCGUAACUGCCACGAGGUAAGUGACAGUCUGCCUCCGGCGCCCAAUCAGACGCAUCUACAGGUGGAGCUGCUCAACGGAACUCUCGUCCAAGUAGAGACAGAAGAGCAGUUCAGCGUCCAUGUGGGGACGCCCUGCAACCACAUGCGAGCAAUCACAAAAGGCGCGGAAUACGUCCACUGGACCCUGCACGAGAACGGCACAGUGACCCAUCGUGGGCAUCUCUUCUCCAAGCACUACUGCUUCACGCCCCUCAUGCUACGGGCGAGUAGUUCCAGUUGGGAUUGGCAGCCCUUGGCGUGCACCCCCGAGAAGCUGCACUUCGUCCUGGGCGUUCGGGAGUGGACAUACGCCGUGUGCCUAUUCAUUUCGAUUAUUUCGAUGUUUAUUGUACUCAUCGUUCAUUUGUUGUGCACUGAAAUGCGAAACACAUUCUAUGGAGUCGCCAUCAAGGCCUACACGAUCUGCAUCAUCGUUGGCUACUCACUGCUGGGCCACCUCACGCUUAAUGAUCCCGCAAACCUGUCUAAAUCUGGGUGUCGUCUCAUCCCCUGCUUCACCUUGCUCAGCUUAGUCCUGUCUUUCUACAUUCUGAGCUUCAUUUCGUUCAAUUUGUAUUUGAAUUUUCACAAUGUGAUCCUCACGAAACUGAUGUUCUGGCUGAUCCUUGGUCCCAUUGUGCUCAUCGCAGUGGGCUGGUCCGUAUUCGUGGGAUUCAGCUAUCAGGGUGCCAAGUUGGUUUUUGGCGGCGACACGUGCUGGUUCGAUCCUAGGAACUGGUCCGUUAUGGUCUAUCUCUUUGCGCCGAUCUUUAUUGCCUGCGCCAUUUGUGGCUUCUUCUACAUCCUCACGCUAAUUCGGAUCAGCGAGUGCGACGAACUGGAGACCGAGAAGAAUUUUGAAUCAUUGCAGGAGAAUCGCUUCAAGUCGUUUUGGAAGUUCUUCGGCUAUACGGCUCUUACCUGGUUUGUGUGCGUCUGCUCCUUCGCCAUCAAUUAUUAUCGAGACGAGCGGUCGCACCAUAACUAUGCCGUGUGCUUCUUUAUGGCCUUCCAUGGGUUUGCGGCGCUCUAUGCGCUCAUUGGCAAGAAUCAGCAGAUACAGAAUUUCCUGCGGCGAAUCGAGGAUAAUGUAGAUGAAGAUGCGUGCGAGAACUCGGUGCCAAUGAGGAGCUAUUGAAGCUUAGCCCAGCGGGUCCAAAAUUCCUGCUUUACAAUCAUUAUCAACGAUUAGAAUGGAAUUAGAGUGAAAAUUGUUGUGUACUUUAUAUAUCGUAAAAUUGUU